AUGCGUCUUGCUAUAACAUUGAGAUACUUGGCCACGGGAGAUAGCUUUCAAAGCCUUCAUUUUUUAUUCAAAGUGUCACCGCAAUUGAUUUCAACAAUUGUUCCCGAAGUAUGUAAAGCACUGAAUCAAAUUCCGCUGAAGAAUGGCUGGAAAUCGAAAAAGGAUUCAGCUCAAAAUUUCCUACAGCCAUUGGUGCAAUAGAUGGCAAACAUAUUGUUCUGACGUGUCCACAAAAGGCUCGGAGUACUUCAACUACAAGAAAAGUUUCAGUAUUGUGCUCAUGGCAUUAGUCGAUAGCAAAUAUAACUUUAUUUUUGCUGAUAUUGGUGGUCAGGGAAAAAUAAGUGAUGGUGGAAUUUUCCGACAUACUUUGUUGUGGGAGAUGAUUUGCUAGCAACACUUUGAAUUUACCAGCGUCACAUCCACUACCAGGUUCAAAUGUUGAUAUACCUUACGUAUUUUUGAGUGACGGUGCAUUUGCACUGCGCCCGAAUAUCAUGAAACCUUAUCCUGGUAACCAUGACAGGGAUAGCCCUGAACGCAUGUUUAAUAAAAAACUAUCUGGAUCACGCGUAGUCGUAGAGAAUACAUUUGGAAUAUUGUCACCAAAGUUUCGAAUAUUUAAAAGGCCAAUUGAGCUGUGCCCCGAGAAAGCUUCUGUUAUCACCAUGACUUGUAUAUUAUUACAUAAUUAUUUAAUAAAAAGCAAUACUUCAUCACAAAUGUAUUCCCCACAAGGUACUGUUGAUGUUUACGAUGAUAACGGUACUCUUAUUCAGCCUGGGACAUGGCGUAUAGAUAAUUCAAGCACUAAUGCUAUUCAAAAUAUACCACCAAUAGCACGCCGAGCAGCUGCCAACGCAAGGCAAGUACGAGAUGAGUUCAAAAAUUAUUUUUCCAAUGUAAAUUGAGAAAAAGCUAUAAUUUUUCAAUUUACAUAUUUUUACUGUACAAUAGGU